AUGUCGAGUGAUUUCAAGUCCUUGACGGUCAAGAAGUACCCUCGACUUCCUGGGCGCAAGACCGCCGAGUCUAGAUACUGGCGCAAGUUCAAGUCUCCAAUUGUUGUCAAGGAGUUUGCUGCCGUCUCGUCUAUCCACUUCUCAGAGACAAGCCCCUAUGAUUUCGCCGUAACAGCAUCGACACGUGUUCAGAUCUACAGUUCAAAGACACACCAGGUCAAGAAGACCAUUUCACGAUUCAAGGAUGUUGCCUACUCGGGAACCAUCCGAAACGAUGGUCGCUUGGUCGUUGCAGGAGAUGCCACGGGUUUGAUCCAGAUCUUUGAUGUCGGAAGCAGAGCCAUUCUCAGAACCUUCAGAGACCACAGACACCCUGUUCAUGUUGCAAAGUUCUCAUCGGACAAGACUCAGAUUUUGUCGGCUUCGGAUGACAAGACGGUCAGGAUCUGGGAUAUGCCAAGCGAAACACCAUUGACGAUCUUUUCUGGACACGAGGAUUAUAUUCGCGCCGGUAUGGUCUCGCACGACAACCCCCACCUGAUCCUGUCAGGAUCAUACGAUCAGACUGUCAAACUUUGGGAUAUGCGUACCCAAGGAUGUGUGAUGACCAUGAACCACGGAGCCCCCGUCGAGUGUGUCGACAUGUUCCCCGACGGUGGAGUUGUUGUCUCGGCAGGAGGACCUCAUCUGAAGGUCUUUGAUCUCUUGGCAGGAGGACGGCCUAUGCACUCGCUCUCGAACCACCAAAAGACUGUCACAUCGAUGUGUUUUGACCAUUCGUACUCGCGCCUCUUGACCGGUUCUCUGGAUCACCACGUCAAGGUUUACAACGUCCAGGACUACAGUGUCGUUCACAGCGUCAAAUACCCUGCACCGGUCAUGAGUGUUGCUCUUUCGCCUGACGAUACUCAUUUGGUGGCUGGUAUGGCUGGAGGUUUGCUGUCGAUUCGUCAGCGUGUGGUCAAGAGCGCUGAGGUGCAGACGAGGCGCGCCCAGGAGGAGCAAGCUAGUGGUGGCACGUACAAAUUCUUUGUCCGUGGUCAAAAGACUGCUGCAGAGGGAGAUUUCAUUGUGGAGUCGCAAAAGAAGCGCCGUCUUCGCGAAUACGACAGAUACUUGAAGGUUUUCCAAUAUGGAAAUGCGCUGGAUGCGUGUUUGAGGACCAACCAGCCCGCUGUUACGACUGUCUCGUUGAUUCAGGAGUUGAUUCACCGCGAUGGUCUUCGUCAGGCACUUUCAGGAAGGGAUGACAUCUCGUUGGAGCCUUUGGCGCAGUUCUUGGUCAGGAAUAUCAACAACCCCCGUUACACAGCACUCUUGGUCGAUGUUACCACGGUGAUGAUCGAUAUGUACACAGCGGUCUUGGGACAGUCGCCCUUAAUCGACGAGUUGUUUAUGAGACUUCGGUCCAAGGUCAAGCAGGAGAUUGCAUUCCAGAAACAGUUGUUCUCGGUGAUCGGAUCGAUGGAGAUGCUCUUUGCCAAGAGCACGUCGACCUCUGUCGGCGUUGCCUUCCACAACGAACUCUCCUCAACAAGCAACAGCAGCAGCAUUGCGCCUAAACCAUCUACAGAGGCACCAGUAGCACCUACGAUAGAAUAA